ACAGGUCUCGUGGUGAUCUGGCUCUGAUCAACCGGAGUUUGCGGCGCAGUUUGGAGGAGUUUGUUGCGCUUGUUGCGCUCCGACAGACCUCUCCUGAAGCGUGGGAGUCACCGGGGGGGACCCGGGGGACACUUUUUCCCCGCGUGCAAAGUCCAGUCUCUCGAUCGACUGAACACUUUUUCCCCGGGGAAAUGAACCAAACUAACCGAGAGUUGUCUUGUAGCAAAACCUGGCCGGAGCCUGCGAAGGUGCAGGCGGCCGACGCGGCGAGCGCCUCCAGAAUGGCGCUGAAAACCGAGGAAAGUCGCGUCUACUUCCUCAAGAACCGGACGGGAGGUGAUGGAGCGGUGGCUUACGGCGUGAAUCAUCCGCGGAAGACAGCCGCGGCUCCCCUGGAGAAGCUGCUGAAGGCGGAGCGCACCGGCGGAGACGCUCGGAGCGAGCGUCUCCGCCGGUGCGCUCCGCCUUCAGCAGCCUGCGCCACCAUCUCGGAGACGGCCAGGGAGCUGUGCAAAGCCGUGUCCGUGUCGCUGGGUCUCACCGUGGAGGCCGGCGACGUGCCCGAGCCGCCCGCGCCCGCGCCCCCUCCGUGCGCGUCAGGGGAGCACAUGAGCGCGGAGAGCUUUUUCGGGAUGAGCUGCUCCGGAGCGCAGAGCGCCGCGGUGCCGGACUACAGGCGUCCGGAGAGACACGGACACAAGCACACGGGGAAAAUGUUCAAAAGCUCAGAGCCCGCGGAGUCUUUCCAUCACGUCAUGAAUACACAGAGCUACAGUCUGUGCGAGGCGGACGAGCUGAGUUCAGCCGAGGCGGAUCAGCUGGAUGCGGGCGCAGCGCGCGCCGCGUCCUGCCAUUACGCGCAGCCGAACCUGGCGACCUUCGGCCACGCCGGCGCGCACAGGCCGCCGUGCGCGGCUUACCGGCCCGCGGACACGGACGGCCACGGCCACAGCCACGGCCACGGCUCCGGGGAGGACCGGUGCGCCGCGUAUCAGCCGGAGCCAUACGGCGUCAAAGUCAAGUCCGAGGGACGCGAGGAGGGCGCGGGAGCCGCGUGGGACACGAACUACACUUUCAACAAGAAGUACAACACGCAGUUCUGGGGGUCCAAGCAGAACACGCGCGACCCCGGGCCGAACCCCGCGUUCAUAUGUAACCCGUACGAGGGGGGCGUCGUGCGUCCGGAGCAGUGGUACCCUGGCGGGAUGCCCAGGACCCCCUACCCCAACUCCCCCUGCAUGAAGACCGAGGUCGGGGACUGGCUGGAUGUUGCAUACAACGACACGAGCAGGUUCGAAGCCGGCAGGGAGCACAUGUUCCCCAUGGAGUUCUUCUUCCCCCCCCAGAGGACGUGCCUGAUCUGUUCAGACGAGGCGUCUGGCUGCCAUUACGGUGCGCUCACAUGUGGCAGCUGCAAGGUUUUCUUCAAGAGAGCAGCAGAAGGCAAACAGAAAUACCUGUGUGCGAGCAAAAACGACUGCACCAUCGAUAAGCUCAGGAGAAAGAACUGCCCCUCCUGUCGACUGAGGAGGUGUUUUGAAGCUGGGAUGACUCUUGGAGCACGUAAGCUGAAGAAGAUCGGACAGCAGAAAAACCUGGACGAGGAUCAUCCCGUGCAGGAACCGGCAGAAGUUCUCCACAAUAUUUCUCCCAAAUCAGGUCCCAACUUCAACUCCCAGCUGGUCUUCCUCAACAUCCUGGAGUCCAUCGAGCCCGAAGUGGUGAACGCGGGGCACGACUGCGGCCAGCCAGACUCCGCCGCCAGCCUGCUCACCAGCCUCAACGAGCUGGGAGAGAGACAGCUGGUCAAAGUGGUCAAGUGGGCCAAAGGACUCCCAGGCUUUAGAAAUCUCCACGUUGACGACCAGAUGACUGUCAUCCAGCAGUCAUGGAUGGGCGUGAUGGUGUUCGCCCUGGUAUGGAGGUCCUACAAGAAUGCAAAUGGCAGGAUGCUCUACUUUGCCCCAGACCUCGUCUUCAACGAACAUCGGAUGCACAUUUCCACCAUGUAUGAGCACUGCAUGCGAAUGAGGCAUCUUGCGCAGGAGUUCGUGCUGCUGCAGAUCACCCAGGAGGAGUUCCUCUGCAUGAAGGCCCUGCUCCUCUUCAGCAUCAUUCCAGUUGAGGGCCUGAAGAGUCAGAAGUACUUUGACGAGCUGCGCCUCACCUACAUCAACGAACUCAAUCGGCUCGUUAACUAUCAGAUGACAACAAAUUGUCCUCAGAGGUUCUACCAGCUCACGCGACUGCUGGACUCCCUGCAGAUGACGGUGAAGAAGCUCGCUCAGUUUACGUUUGACCUCUUCAUCCAGGCUCAGUCCCUCCACACGAAGGUCAGCUUUCCGGAGAUGAUCGGAGAAAUAAUCUCCGUGCACGUUCCGAAAAUCCUGGCAGGUUUGGCUAAACCGAUCUUGUUCCACAAGUAGAAGGAUGUUGUUGUGUUUUGGUUUUCAUUAUUUUAUUUUUCCCAUCAAAAAGUGUAUUAUUUUUGUUGCGUCUACAAACUGUAACCAAGGCUGGGAACUGCCCCCCCUCCUUCCUCCAGUCUGGCUGGUUUUAGCCCUGGACUGUAAUCUGGAUUUUGUUGUUUAUUUUAUAACUUUUUAGCCAUAAUGGACUUUGUUCAUUCAGAAGUGGUGAAAUGUUAGUUUUGACGCGGUUCAGCAGUUCCUGUGUUGUCAGAUGAGACGUGACACUUUACAUGCACUGUAAAUAUUUAAAUCCAGAUUAGGUAGCAAGGUUGAGAAAAUGGUCAUUUAAUCACAGAAAUUAAAAAAACAUGCUCAUGUUUGCUGGAUUUAUCCCUUAAAUGAAGUUACUUUGCAUUUGUAUCAGUUUUUUUAUAUAUAUAUUGUCUUCUAGCAAUUAAUAAUAAUUCAUAAUUCAGUUUGGGCUUUUUUUUCUUAGUUUUCCUAGUUUCUUUGACAUCAUCCUGCGGUGAUAUUACUGCCAUCUCCGGGCCAUUACUGUAACAGUCCUGCUGUUUCUCCUUAAAAUGGAGCGGCUCAACUCGACCUGGCUAAUCUCUGCUCCGCUGUCAGCAGCAGGUGGUAUCCCUUCAGCUCCGUGUGUGUGUGUGUGUGUGUGUGUGUGUGUGUGUGUGUGUGUGUGUGUGUGUGUGUGUGUGUGUGUGUGUGUGUGUGUGUGUGUGUG